AUGCUUCAACUACGUGUAGAACAAACUAAUGUCUAUAGCGUUGACAAAAGUGGGAAGUCAGCUAAUCUUUCCACAAAAGAACUUGAAAAAGUGUUGGGAAUGUUCUUGCGCAUGGGCCUGCAUCAGAUGUCUGGUAAUCGUGCAUACUGGGAGGAAAAAUCAAGAUUUGCUCCUGUGGCUGACGUUAUGGGUCGCAACCGUUUCUCCUAUUUGCUCACUGUACUUCAUUUUGUUGACAACAACAAGGCAACAGAUGAUGACAAGAAGGACAAGAUUUGGAAAGCUCGCCCUUGGGUUGAUAUGUUUCGCGAUGAAUGCCGGGAUCUUGUCCCAAGUGAGCACAAUUCAUUAGACGAACAAAUGAUCCCGUUCAAAGGGAAACGUUGUCCCAUCAAACAAUACGUGAAGAGCAAGCCCCACCCAUGGGGACUGAAAGUAUGGGCACGCUCUAGUGACACAGGGUUAUUGUUUGACUUUGAUGUAUACCAAGGAGGGACUGGAAAAAAAACUGAACUGGGCAUGGGUGGAGAUGUUGUGGUAAAACUCUGUGAUACCCUUCCAAAACAUGAAAACUACAAAGUCUUUGCUGAUAACCUUUUCACCUCCAUAGCUCUGGCAGAAAAGUUACUUCAGGAUGGUAUUCUGUAUGUUGGGAUUGUGCGAAAAAACCGUCUAGGGGGAUGUCCCCUUCCUUCUGACAAGGCUAUGGAAGCUAAGGGGCGUGGUUCCAUUGAUAGCUGUGUGGAGACCAAGUCAGAUGCAGUGAUUGUCAAGUGGUAUGACAAUAAGUCUGUUACAUUACUAUCCAGCUACGCAAGAGAACAACCCAUGGACACAUGUACACGAUGGGACAAAAAGAAAAAGGAAAAAAUUAUAGUGGAUCGUCCAUUCAUUGUAAAAGAAUACAACCGUUUCAUGGGCGGGAUAGAUCUGAUAGAUGCUUGUGUGGCAAGGUAUAAGUACCAUAUGAGGUCACGGAGGUGGUAUCUGUACUUAUUCUGGCAACAAUCAUCCUUGCCGUCGUAA